AUUGUAUUAUUGAAACUAUUCGAUGAGUUGUUUUGAAAAAAUUUACUUGAUUCUAAGCUGCUCGAGGUUUGUGUCGGUACGAAAUGUUGAUCAAAGAUUUUUAUAGGGGGAAAAAUGUUUUCAUCACUGGUGGUACUGGGUUUUUGGGAAAAGUUUUGAUCGAAAAAUUACUCAGAUCCUGUCCUGAUAUCGGUAAUAUUUAUAUGUUGAUAAGGGAAAAGAAAGGGAAAUCCAUUGAGGAACGUAUGACGCAUAUAAAAUCAUUACCACUCUUCGAACUCCUCAAGAAUGAAAAUCCAGAAAACUUGAACAAAAUUAUACCAGUCAAAGGAGAUGUACGUGAAAUAAAUUUAGGUCUGAGCGAAGCUGAUAGACAAAUGAUUAUUGAUAACGUCAAUAUUAUUUAUCAUACAGCGGCUUCUGUUCGUUUCGAUGAUUUUUUAAAAGACGCAAUUUUUAUAAACGUCAUAGGAACGAGGGAAGUCGCAAAAUUAGCUUUAGAAUUAAAGCAAAUUUCCAUAUUUAUUCACGUUUCAACUACAUAUUGCAACGUCGAUAAACCCGUGAUAGAAGAAAAGUGUUAUAAUGCGCAUGCGUAUUGGAGGGACGCUAUCGAAAUAGCAGAAAAUUGCGAUGAGGCCACAUUAAAUGGACUAACAGAGAAAUAUAUAAGACCGUUGCCUAACACAUACACGUUUGCUAAAUCAUUAGCAGAGAAUGUCGUUGAUGAAAUGUGUCGUGGCAAAAUACCGGUUUUGAUAAUGCGACCGUCAGUCGUGAUAGCGACUUUGAAAGAACCGAUGGUCGGUUGGAUCGAUAAUUUGAAUGGUCCAGUAGGAUUGUUGGUAGCUGGAGGGAAAGGUAUACUUAGAAUAGUAUACGGAGUACCGAGUUCUUAUACAGAUUACAUACCAGUGGAUAUUGUGACUAAAUUUCUUAUUGCAGCAUCCAGAGAUUUCCACAAUAAAAUAAAUAAAGAUAAGAUCGAAGUAUUCAACAUGUGUCAAGGAAAAUUGUGUGAUAUGAAUAUAGGUGAAAUAAUUGAAAUGGGCUCGGAAUUACGAGCCAAACAUCCAUUUUCGAAAAUAUUAUGGUACCCGAGAUUUUCCAUGACAAGUUCCUGGUUAUAUUAUUACAUAAACGUCUUGUUAUUUCACAUGUUGCCAGCUUUUUUCAUCGACGUCCUUUUAAGGAUAACCGGAGCUAAACCAAUGUUAUUUUCGAUUCAAAGGAAAAUAUACAUCGCUAAUGUUAUUUUAAUGCCUUUUAUGUCGAAUACUUGGUGUUUCAAAAACGAGGAAGUUUUGAAAAUACUGGAAAGAUUGUUACCAGAAGAGCAGGAAGUUUUCGCUGAUAUAAAAUUCGUUCUAAGUAAUAAAGAAAAGUUUGAUUAUUUCAGAUUGUCGAAAAUAGGUAGCGCUAAGUACGUGCUAAAAGAAGAUUUCGAUGAAUCCGAUGCUCCAAAACGAAACUUGAAAAGGUUAUGGUAUUUGGACAUUGGAGUAAAAACUAUUUUCUUCGCUUUCCUUUUUUGGUCAUUGAUAAUUAGGAUCAACCUUCUUGGUUUAAUCUACGAUAAGUUAUAUAAUUAUAUCGACGAGUUGUAAUUUACGUAAUUUUAUAACAAAUAAAGGGUAUUUAAAGUAAUAAA